AUGGCUGGAUGGUUCUCCUCAGGGACGUCUGCUCUUGACGAGCAGAUCGAAAAGGCCACUUCGUCCAGCUUGGAGGACAUUGCCACCAGCCUUGAGAUCUCCGACCUGAUCAGAUCCAAAACAGUGCAGCCUAAAGACGCCAUGCGGUCACUAAAGAGGCGGAUAGGCAACAAAAACCCCAACAUACAAAUCUCUGCCUUGAGGCUGACGGAUACCUGUGUCAAGAAUGGCGGAUCUCAUUUUUUGACGGAGAUUGCCUCCCGGGAGUUCAUGGACAAUCUGGUCUCUCUAUUGAAAGCCUAUGGCGCGGCUGCCGUCAACGAGGAUGUCAAGCAACGGAUCCUCGAGUUGAUCCAGAGCUGGGCUAGUGCGACUCAAGGUCGUCACGAGUUAUCCUACAUCUAUGAAGUCUACAAGAGUUUGCAGAGCGAAGGCUUCAAGUUUCCCCCAAAGAUCGAGAUAUCCAGCACCAUGUUGGACAGCAGCGCGCCGCCAGAAUGGACAGAUAGCGAUGUAUGCAUGCGAUGCAGAACAGCUUUUACCUUCACGAACAGGAAACAUCACUGCAGGAAUUGCGGAAACGUGUUCGAUCAGCAGUGCUCCUCCAAGUCAAUUCCUCUUCCCCACUUGGGCAUCAUGCAGCCGGUCCGCGUCGAUGAUGGAUGUUAUGACAAACUGACCAAAAAGUCCGGUGGUUCAGAGCGUCGCGUCUCGUUUGCUCCAAAGCCCAGCACCAUGCAACCCCGCAGCGCCAGAGUGGAAGCAAGCAGUUUUGAUGAGGACCUCAAAAAGGCUCUUGAGAUGAGCUUGGAAGAGGCAAAGGGCAUAUCUAACUCGGGAUAUGUACCACAAUCACAGCCUCCACCCGAACCGGUCAAGGCGAAUGGCGCGUCCGCUGAAGAAGAGGAUGAUCCUGAUCUCAAAGCUGCCAUAGCUUUGUCAUUGAAGGAGGCAGAAGAGCAGGCCAAAAAACAUGCUGCGUCGAUGAAAAAGUCCGCCAAUGAAGGAGCAACAUCAGCCCAACCAUUCAUCAUGCCCAAGAACGACUAUGAGCUAUCAAUGAUGGAGACUGAAAAUAUUCAUCUGUUUGCCACGCUGGUAGACCGACUGCAACAUCAACCUCCAGGGACGAUACUCCGUGAACCACAAAUCCAAGAACUGUACGAAAGCAUUGGAAAACUCCGCCCGAAGUUGGCCAGGACUCUCGGUGAGACAAUGUCGAAGCAUGAUGCGCUACUAGACUUGCAUGCCAAGUUGUCCACUGUUGUGCGAUAUUACGAUCGGAUGCUUGAGGAGAGGUUGAACAAUACAUAUCACCAGCGGAAUCCUGGUUAUGGAGCGUAUGGGAUGGCCACGCCUGUUCUACCCCCUUCCACAGGCAUGUACCCUUCGCUAGCCACCUCAGGACCACCAGCACAGAUGGCGACUGGUCAGGGGGACGCAGAGAACUAUUAUUUCAACGAUGCCGCCGUUGAUCCUUACUCUCGUCCACCCCAGCAAAUACCAAUGCCACAGCCACAGUCACAACCACAGAGAUCAUACUCAUAUUCUAGCCAGCCCCAGGAAGCGCCAGCUUCGCCGUAUCAAUACGCAAGCCAGCCGCCGCCACAGCAACCUCAGUUUAACCAACCGUCGUCGCCAAUGUUGCAGCACCAACCUCCUCAACAACAUCCACCUCAAUCAUCGCAGCCUCCCUCUAUGUAUCCUCAGAUCGCCCCUCCCGACCCUCAACAGACGCCCACACCUUAUUUACAGACAGCGCAGAUGGUUCCCGAUGCUACCGCUCCGCAACCGUAUCAACAACAACCGGCAUCUCAAGCCCCACCUCAGCCUCAAACGUACCAACCCCAGCAACACUAUCCACCACAGCAGCAACCACAGUUCCAACAGAAAGAGCUGCAGCAACCAGCUUCUUCGUAUGGUCCUUAUCCAACUUACACGCCAGAUCAAUUUCCCCCAGCACCACAGCAUGCGCCUGCAUAUGAGCAACCGCAGCAGCAGCAACCCCAAUCUCAACCGGUUGCCGUGGAGGAGAGCCUAAUCGAGUUGUAG